UCGUUAAACCCUUCUUCUCGACUCAGAACCCUAAUCUAUCUCUGCGUCUUCCUUCCUUCUUGCUCUGUAAUCGGCUAUUGGAGAAUUUAGAGGCGAAAAUGAAUGGCGAAGGAGAAGAUGCAUCCAAAGUAAUUCACGUGAAGUUCUUGACGAAGCUUGACUAUCCGUUCAAAGUUCCGGUCACCUCCGUCGUUAUCCCUUCCAGUGUCACUCGUCUAGGCCUUUCUUCCAUCGUCAACUCUCUUCUCACUCUCGAAAAGCCUGAGCCAUUUGACUUCCUGAUCGAUGGGGAGCUUAUUCGAAUGUCGCUUGAACAGUUUCUUAACGCCAAGGGAAUCUCAGCGGAAAGGACACUUGAAAUUGAGUACAUAAGGGCUGUGGCACCACGUAAGGAGGAGAAACCUUCAUUGCAUGAUGACUGGGUCAGUGCGGUUGAUGGUUCUUCCCCCAGGUUCGUUUUAACCGGCUGCUAUGAUGGUUUAGGAAGGAUAUGGAGCUCUCCUGGAUCGUGUACGCACAUUUUAGAAGGCCACACUGGGGCAAUCUCGUCUAUUGCUUUUGCUAACUCCGAAGGUGCAGAAGGUGUUACCGUAGCAACUGCCUCCAAAGAUCGGACAUUGAGAUUGUUUAAGGUUGAUCCAGCUGAAUCUGGUGACUCUACUACAAGAGUUGGGGCUUACAAGAUAUUGUGUGGGCACAAGGCGUCAGUGGCAAGUGUUGCAGCUCAGAAAUACGGAAGCAAGGUUUGCUCGGGUUCAUGGGAUUGCACGAUCAAUGUGUGGGACACCAAUGAGUCUACUUCAGAGUUGUCAGUACCAGGGAAGAAAAGAAAAGGGAAUAAUCAGGCCGAGGAACCUCAGUUAGAGGGAGAGGCGGAGACUACACUUGUUGGACACACACAAUGUGUCUCAUCAGUUGUUUGGCCAGAGCAUGAUGUUAUUUAUUCCUGUUCAUGGGACCAUUCCGUACGGAGAUGGGAUGUUGAGACAGGGAAAGAUUCAUUGAACUUGUACUCUGGAAAAGCUCUCAACACCGUUGAUGUUGGUGGUGAAGGUUCUGCACUUGUAGCUGCGGGUGGUUCAGAUCCAAUCCUUAGAGUAUGGGAUCCUCGUAAGCCUGGAACAUCCGCUCCCGUGUUUCAGUUUGCUUCACAUUCAUCAUGGAUAUCUGCCUGUAAAUGGCACACAAGCUCUUGGUUUCACUUGCUCUCAGCUUCAUAUGAUGGCAAAAUCAUGCUCUGGGAUCUCAGAACCGCUUGGCCGUUGUCAAUUAUCGAAACACACAAGGAUAAGGUUUUAUGUGCUGACUGGUGGAAAGGAGACAGCGUAGUCAGCGGAGGAGCAGACUCUAACCUUCGAAUAUCGUCUGGAAUCUCAAUUUCUUAGGUCUGAAAUCGAAUAUCUUUCAACCACUUCUUUUGUUACUAGUUACUAGUUGCUAUUGUAUUGUCUUUUGUGAUCUUUGCAUGGUAAUCACUUUAAAUGAUUAAUUUGUUGGUAAGUAGCACAUUUUCAGAACUGUUGAUUAAAUUUUGUUGGAUAAGAAUGCCUUUUUGUUGCACUGGUUGCGUUAUGAAUCUAAUAUUUUCUCUACA